ACCCACUUCUCUCUUUAAAUUGCAUCGUUUUUUCGCCCGAUUUGGAUUCAUCCCCAUUUGGGUGGAACAGCUUCAGCCUUUCUGAAGAUAUUUCUGCUAAAGCUACUACUGGUUAUUUAGCUUCUGGUGCAUACGAACACCCAGUUACUUCUCUGUCCUAGUGCCUAUUUGGAGGUAGAUGAUGGUCCUGAUGGAUAUCAAAUUGCUAUAUUGAAAGAGUAGCUGUAUCUUGUUAGCUGGCAAUGAGUAGGUCUCCUUCAUUUUUGGCGAGGACAGAAUCCCAUACAAAUGUUGACCCGGAAACUGUGCAACAGUGGAUUGUUGCAUUUUGCAUAAUUAGGUUUGAUCUUGAACAGGGUCAGCUUAUAGAAGAGUGUUAUCCCCCUGGUUGUCUUACCCCCGAAGAGGAACUUGACAUUGCUUUCAGUUCAUUCCCUGAUUCAGUUUCCCAACAUCAUAACCGAUCAAGCAUCCAUGACUCCAUGUUCUUCUUCCGAAUACAAAGGCGAGGGAGUUUUCCAGCAAAGAACAUUUCUACAUCUGAGAUGGUUGAAGUGGAUGGCAAAGAAGUUCCCUCAGCUGAAAAGGUACCAAAAAGGUUGGAUUAUAGUGAAAAAGGGUGUGACCCUAAAUACUUGUACGGUUUUGUAUUUAAUAGACAGAGGCAUGAUGAGAGGCUGAAGCGAGGGGGCGAACAGAAAUCAGUGGUGAUUUUGUCAAAUUAUCCAUACUCUAGUUUGUUUAAACCUCUCUUACAGAUCAUGGGUCCUUUGUAUUUUGACAUUGGAAGGAAAGCUCUUGACUGCAUUGCUGCUUCUAUGUCAACAUGGGAUGCUCCUUUACCUGGUCAUCUUAUGGAGCUUCCAAUAGGGAAUGCUACACUUAAGGUGAACCUGCCACCUGCUCAUAGCUUAUCUUUUGAUGGUGAGGUGCUGUUUGAAGAGUCUGCCUCCUCCAUGGCCCCACUUCUUCCUACUAAUCAGUCGAUCCCACAUGGUCUUUUUCAUGAUUCAGAUGUUUUUGGAAUUUUCCGAGGGCUUUUAUUGCAGCUUUGGUUGUUAUGGGAAUUGUUACUUGUUGGGGAGCCUAUACUGAUUAUAACACCAACACCUCCUCAGUGUUGUGAAGCUGUUGCUAGUCUAGUUAGUUUGGCUGCUCCACUUUUUGUUAGUGUUGACUUCAGGCCUUAUUUCACCAUACAUGACCCUCACUUUGCCCAUUUGAACUCACUACGAGAAGGAGAUACUUUCCCUCCCAUGCUUUUGGGUGUGACAAAUCUGUUUUUUCUAAAAGCUCUUCGCAACAUUCCCCACAUAAUCUCUGUUGGAAGCCCAGCUCCUAACUCAAGCCGACUUGCCUUUGCUUCUCGGGCCUCAACUGGCAGACUUUCAGGCAGACAUGAUGGCUUUAGUUUUCCACAACUAAACUUAAAGAAGUUUUCUCCUUCGAAUUUGUUAAGUGCCGUGAAAUCAAGGAGAGAUGGUCCCCUUUGUCUUAUGACAGAACACAAGGAAGCCAUUUGGAGCAGUUACAUGCCAAUUACUAAACCGGAUACGUCUAUUCUGAAUAGACUUGUUGACGCAGGACUGUCACCAAGGGUUGAGGAGUCGAUGUCAGUUGUUAACAAUGAGAUACUGCGCCGGCAUUUCUUGGAGCUUACUACCAACUUCUUAGCCCCCUUUGGCCCAUAUUUUAGAGUUAAUACACCUUGUGUAGGAUCAUCUCCAUUUGUUGAUCCUCCUCCUCUACCUGUGUUUGAUGCUGAUGAAUUCCUUGGAAGCUUAUCGGCUAGAGGUCCUGGGAAGUUUUUAUCGAAGAGGAUGAGAUCUAACUGGCUAGAUCUCUACAGGCGGUUCAUGAAAGGGCACAACUUUAAGCCAUGGUUUCAAAGAAAACGAGCUGUGGCUGAGCAAGAACAAUGUAGAUUGUGGAGGCAAGCAAGAAUGAACGCUGACAUACAAGAAUUUAUUAACAAGUCGUCUGAGUUGGAAAUUGUCGAAACAUUCAAUGCAAUUGAAAGGCAUCUUCUAGCUGAAAUGCAGCAGUCUGAAAACUUGCUUGAUCAGUCUGAAGCAACCUGCCAUAAACUCAAAGGAGAUUUGCUCUCGGUCUUCAAUGUCCUUCCAAAAGAUAUGCAACAUCUCCUACUUAUGAACCCUGAUAGGGCCACCCUUUUGCAAUGACCCAUCAACAGAAAAGGAAAAAAAAAGAACUUUCGUGUACAAGUUGAGAUUUCUCUUUCACUUCACCUAGAUAAAGACAUAGACACCCACUAGACCCAAAAAUAUGAGAGAUCCACAUUCCUUCAUGGUUUCAAAAUCUUUUUAAAGAUUUACAGCUUCAGCUCGGGUUUGCACCAUGAAUUUCAUUCUAGAUAACUUGAGCCAAAAUCAUUACAGCUGUUGACUCAAAAAAACCUCUCUCAAGCACUCAGAGGUGCCAAAUUUUCAGCUGACCGGAGGUUUGUGUUGGUAUGUUUCCAAGAAGUCAGAUGAACAUAUUCUAGUGGCGGGUUUUAGAUUCCAUGAUCGUGGGGAUUAUGUAUUAUGCAGAUGGGCUUCCCGGAAGCAAGAGUUGUAUUAUCAGGUAACGUGUAUUAUGUAAUAGAAUUGAGAGAUAUAACGGAUUUGUGUUUCUAGAAGAAGUAACAUUUUGGAUAAUGAUUUUCUUUAAAACCAUGUUCAAGGUUAAACAAUUUGUUCAUAACAUUUUCCUUUUCAAUGUAGCAUCUUGUUUUCAUGUUCUUUUUCUCCUUACUUCAUACUAAUAACAGUAACAACUGUUCUUCCAUGUGUUUCUGAUCCUCCAGUUUUGUUCUUGGUUUCUUAUUAGUGGAUGAUCCAAGUGAUUGAAAUAGCGAUUUGAA